CAUGUAUCAGGGACUGUGUCAGCUGACCAGCGGUCGACCAAUCACAGAGCAGCUCGUGACGGUGUAAACAGCCGCGGGCGCGCGCAGGACUGUCAGAUGCGCGCAGCUCCAGAGUAGACACACAUCAUGGCCGGAGAGAACACAGGAGGACUGUGGGAUUCGUUGAAGAAAGCUGCUUUUGUCAUUGGAUCUGGGCUGUUCUUCCUGGUCGGGUUUAGGAACUCAGUGACAUGGCACUUGCAGAGGUUUUGGGGAGCUUCGGGAGAUUUCUGGCAAACACAGUGGAGCAAACUCCACCAAGCCUCGGGUGGAAACGAUGCCGCCUUGUUUUUUAUCGGGACCAUGUUGGUGCCAACGCUGGCGUUCUGGUUGUUUAAUGCCCUCCUGAUGAUGGUGGACACGACGGGAAAGCCACACUUCAUCACACGCUACAGGAUUCAGCCCGACAAGAACAAUCCGGUGGAUGGUGCGCGGUUACGGCACGCGGUGAAGACGGUGCUCUUUAACCAGGUGUGUCUGUCAGGUCCUGUGGUGGUCUUCACCUAUCUGCUGAUGAAGUGGAGAGGAGAUCCGUGCGGCGCGGAGCUGCCCACCUUCCACUGGGUGCUGCUGGAGCUGGCCGUCUGCGGUGUGAUGGAGGAGAUACUCUUCUACUACACACACAGGCUCGUUCACCAUCCGUCGCUCUAUAAGAGCAUCCAUAAGGUCCAUCACGAGUGGACGGCUCCUGUUGGGGUGGUGGCGCUCUACGCUCAUCCGGUGGAGCAUGUGCUGUCCAACAUGCUCCCGGCUCUGAUGGGUCCCAUUGUGCUGGGCUCACACGUGUCCACCACCAGCCUGUGGUUCACCAUCGCUCUGCUGGUCACUACAGUCUCUCACUGCGGCUACCACCUGCCCCUGCUGCCCUCGCCCGAGUUCCACGACUACCACCAUCUCAAGUUCAAUCAGUGCUACGGCGUGCUGGGAGUGCUGGACCGGCUUCACGGGACGGACGAGAAGUUUCGUAAUGCUAAAGCGUACGAGCGGCACACGGUCCUGCUGGGAUUGACCCCGCUGAGCGAGAGCAUCCCUGACCAUCCCAAGAAAGCCCAGGAGUAACCGCGCUUCUCUUCUCCGUCUCCAGAAACACUAAUGAACUGAUCCACUGAUGCAGCUCAGAUCAC